UCAUAUCGGGCACAUCUGCAGCCACCUUACAAAGUGGCGAAUCCAAAGUUCCCCGUGGACCCAUUCCUCGGUCUUUCUUCACCCUGUCCAUGCUCUGUUGUGGUUGUUCAUAGAUCUGACUACAGAGUCUAGCAUUGCGGUAUUCCAUUGGAUUGCCAGCAGUGGUGUGCUUGGGGGUGCCCCUUUUGCAGCAAAUGCGUUGAAAGUGAUCCUCGGAUCCGAUUCCGAUAUUUUGUUGUUUCUAGCGUUGCCCUCCCCCUGCAGUUGGUACUCAGUGGAUCUAUUGGACUGCUGUUUUGCUUCGACCUGUUGCUGUUGUCGACGCAUACUAACUGGGCUACACGUUCCUGAUAUGAGGUACUGUCUGGAGUUGUUUGCGAAAGGGGUUUCAGCUAGCUUCGAGUGUGGUUGGCUUUGAGGUGUGGAUCUGGUGGCAGUUGUGGUGUGGGCUAGUACCGGGAGGUAAAGGUGGAUUGGGAAGAUCUAACUAUGGGAGGGUAUUGGCGAAUUUGAGUUCGUCGAGUUGAUCGGGCUUUGUGCGAGGCCCUGUUGAAGGGGGAAGGUUAAUUGCAGCCAGCCGAGGGUGCGUGGUGGACGAUGAGGAUUGCUAUGGCGAACCAGUGCGGGGUCGUGGCUCUGUCCGCUGUUUUGUUAUUUCUGCCGCUGCUAGGAGUCGCACUGGGAGAGCGCUCAGAGACAGACUUAACUUUUGAUGUCUCUAUGAUAACCUUAGACAAGCAGUCGUAUAACUACAGGGCCCAAGAACGUAAGCUCGCAACUUCGUUUGUCUGGUGCAUUGCCAAGACUAAUGUCUCCGAUACAGACCUGCAAUCUUCACUGGAUUGGGCUUGCGGACCUGGAACAGACCAAGGUCAAGUAAAUUGCGGCCCAGUUCAAGUUGGUGGUUCUUGCUAUGACCCCAACACUUUGUAUAACCACGCCAGCUGGGCUUUCAAUGCAUACUUCCAGAGGAUGAACGCAAUCGACGAAGCUUGUGUUUUCGCCGGCACUGCUCAAAAAACCACCGUCGACCCAAGUACUGGAACUUGCAUUUUUCCAGGAUCAAAUGUAACCACGAAUGGGAAUUUGACUGGAAAUGGAACUUUCGCACCUGCCAAUUCUCCUGGGGGAGCCCCUGGAUCGUUAGGGAGUCCCUCGGCAGCUACGGCAGGGUUUGAACCACGAUACUUCUUACGCGCGUCCACUGCAGUCACUCUUCUUACAUAUCUCUUCUUAUGACAAGACUUGCCGCAUCGUGUUGACGAAGUCAGCUAUUGAUCUAGAGGGCCAGUGUGAAGAAGCUAACUAGUCGUCCUUGUUGCCUACACUCAACCGCACUGUAUACCAACAAUUUUGCCUCAUUGUAAGCAAUGUGGUGUCUUCUGGCAACUCCAAUCACAGCAGGUCUCUGGAGCAUCUAUGAACUCCUCUAGAGGAGGAGAAUUUGUUGUCUGAUUGUAGGAUAGUGGCGGACAGAUGCACCAAUGUAAGCAAUGUGCCACCUGAACCUUCGUACGCAUGUAUGUACUAGACUUGAUGUUGAGUGAACGCCGUUCAGACUUGUUGGAUCAGAUCCGCAAUUGUUCACACUCUUUGGUAAAAUGAAUAAAUCCACAUCUGCCAUUUUUUUGACAAUCUCA